AAGGAGGCACAGUUUCGCAUUGAUUUCAUCAUGCAUCGAUUGGUGGUCAUAUUCAGUUUCUGCCUGCUUUUGGUCGCAGGACAAUCGGUGGUGGAGCCCCAGGAGUCCCAGGAGCUCUCCGAUAGCACCACCACUUUCAUUGUCGAUGGCUUUCCAGAUGAAUCUCAAGAGCUACCCGGCAUAGUUGCGGAGACCGAUGAGGAGAUCGAAAUGAAUGCCCACAAGAUCAACUGGCUGCCCGUUUGGGAGGAGCAGGAGCAUGUACGAUUCGCGCGGGAAGUGACCGAGAAGCCAGUUGGCACUACAGCCACUCCCGAGAACUCCACACCCAAGGAUACGGUAGAGCUCGUCCUGCAGCCCAAAGAGAACCAGGAGUGCCCCACCAGUGCUGAGCGUGGACUGACCAACCUCAUCCGCGUGGCCCGCCCACUUUUGCCGGCUGCCACACUGAAGAACAUCCUGGCGAAUGGCGUUGAGGACCCCCAGGUUCAAGCGUUGAUCAAGUUGCUCCGCAGCGAUGGCUUCAAGACGCAAGUGCAGCUGCUGAAGGCCACCAAGCAGCACCAGCUGCUCCAUGACUAUGUCUGCCGGCGACUUAAAUUGGAUCCCACCUACUAUGCUGAGUACGUGCGCGUGUUCCUCGACCUACACAUCUCCGACCCACCGACCAUUAAGUUGCCCAACCGUCGCCCGGGUGUCCGCGGACUGCUCCAGGAUCUCCGCGAAGCCUUGCCCCGUUCCGCCUUGAGGGAUAUGUACCAGCGACUCUACUCCUCCGACUCGGAACUCUCGAGCGCCAUCCGCCUCAUCCGCGGCUCUGAAUUCCGGCGGCUGCUGCGCGAUCUUCGUCAACUUAAGGAGUACCGCUCCCUGGCCGCCGAUCUAGAGAAGUCUGGUGUUCCUCUGCGCCAGCUGCAGCAGCUGGUGUCUAACGCACUCGGCUGGAGCACCGUGGACAUGGCCGGAGAGACUAUCAUCUGGAGUCUUUAAGUGACGAAGGUCUCUACACUUACUUUCUUUUCAUUUGUAGCUCAUUAAAUCGAACUAUCUAGAAA